ACUCAAAUUCACCGCCAAAAUUUGGCGCUCCUCCAAAAUUCGAAAUUCAAAGCAAUUGUAUAAUGCCAAUUUCAAUAUUCGAUUUGUUUCUCCCUCCUAUACUUUCGCUGUACCUUCAUCUCUCUCUGCUCACCAUUAAUGGUACAACUCAGUAUCAUUUUCAGGUAUUUCUUCCAAACCCUAAUUUACUCUUCAAUUCAACAAUAAACCCUUUCUUUGUCUUUCUUUUCCAAUUCUCUUUCACCAUAACUGCAAAACCACCUCAGCCAUUAGUCGUUCAACUAAUUUCAGAUCUGAUAGAUUUUUGUUUCAUGCGAUUGGAGCUGUGGCUCUUGCUAGAAAUUUGUAUAUUCUGGAGUUAUUAGUUUGGUGAAGUUAUGGUGAGAGAGCAAAGUAUUGAAUCAUUUUACACUCGGUUGCGGAGUUCAGCUCUAGCGUCAGCUUCUACAUCACCACUGCUAGUUUUCCCCUCAACUUCUGAUGUUGAUUCACUUUGUGCUCUCAAGAUAAUAGGGCAUGUUCUUGAAUCUGAUUCUGUUAGAUAUGCUUGUUACCCAGUUUCAAGUUUUAAAGAGAUUUAUAAGUAUACUGGGGAUAAUCUAGGGGCAGCUGCUGAUGAGCCAAUUACGAUUUUGCUGAUUAAUUGGGGGUGUCAAAGGGAUCUUAAGAAAAUUCUAGAAAUUGGUCCCUUAGCACGUGUUUUUGUUGUGGAUAGUCAUAGACCUAUACACUUGCAUAAUUUGAGUAACCAGAAUGAUAGGGUUAUCGUGUUAUACACUAGGGAUGAUGAGCAGCAGGCUGAUUUAGCGUAUGAUUUUGAUGUUUCUGCUUUGGCAAAUGCUAGUGAUUUGAACAGUGACGAUGAGUUUGAAGCCGAAUCUGAUAGUGAAGAUGAAAAUGAUAGUGAGAGUGAGGAGGAAGAUGGGGAUGAGAUGAGGAAGAAGAGGAGGGUUUCUGCGGAAAAUGAGGGCGACCCUGUUAAGCUUUUCGGGAAAUUGAAGAGGGAAUACUAUUACAUGGGUAACUUCCAUGGGAAGCCAUCUGGUUGUUUGAUGUAUGAACUGUCCCAUUUUUUGAGAAAGAAUACUAAUGCGUUGCUUUGGUUGGCCUGUGUAGCUUUAACUGAUCAGUUUGUUCAUGAGAGAUUAACCGAUGAGCGGUAUCAGGCUGGGGUAAUGGAGCUAGAACAGCAUAUCAAUAGUUCAGGCAAUUUAGACUCUAUCACCUCAGUUACUCUCAAGGAUGGGACAAAGGUCACAGCACCAAAUUCUUCAAGGAUUGCAUAUGAGUAUGAACCAAGGCUGAUGUUGUUACAAGAGUGGAACUUGUUUGAUUCGAUGUUGUGUUCAUCCUACAUUGCAACUAAAAUGAAGACAUGGAGUGACACUGGGAUUAAGAAGAUGCAGCUUCUUUUAGGUCGAAUGGGUUUUGCACGCGAGGAAUGCAAACAAAAGUUUCAGUACAUGAGCAUUGAGAUCAAGAGGAGAAUGAAGGACAUGUUUGAACAGUAUUUGCCGGAAUUUGGCCUCACUGAUUUCUAUUAUAGAGGUUUCUUGCUUCUUCAUGGGUAUAGUUCAAAAGUUUCAGCAGCUGAUGUGGUAUAUGGGGUUACAGCACUUCUAGAGUCAUUUGUAGAGUCAGAUGGCUCAUGUGCCUCCAAACAGUUUGGGGAGGCUUACGAUGCGUUAUCCUUGACCAAGCUUGACAAGUUGGAAAAUGGAAUGCGACAAGCUAUCAAGGUUCAAAGGGCAAUUCUUAGACAAGGGAGUGCAGCGAUUACCAAGAAAGGUUCUAUAAGAAGUGGGAGUAAAUUUAGGUGGGUGAAGCUUGAAGACUCGGCAGAUGCAAAGCUCCUGUGUCAUCCUCAGGCUUUAACUAAAUUUGGUUACUUUUUAAUGGAUGCUUUACGUGAGAAAGGAGCAAGGAUGAAACCAUUGAUCUGCAUUUGCUACACCCAGGAACGAAGUAAAGUGUUGAUUGUAGCAAUAUGUGGGAAGCCACGGCUUGGUGCAGUCCAAGGAAAUGCAUUUGGACUUGCAUUCAGAAGUUCAGCUGAAGAGACAGGAGCUGAGUUCUUUCAUGAACUAUUUGAAUCAUCAUGGAUAGUUUUGGAUGCAGUUGCUGUCAAUUCAUUCAUGAUCAGGCUAACAGAGAAGCUUUUGUAAUGAGAUUUUUGAUGCAAAAGAUAGUACUCAAGAGCUAUUCCCCUCACAAUUUGGAUGGCGUAGCUUGACUGGGAAAGAUUAAGCCAUUAAAGUUUUCAAAAAGUUGCAUUGAAGAAGAGAAAGAGAACUUGAAAUGUGUGUAGAAAGAGUUCAAAAGACAAGAUUUUGAGUGAAAAAGUUCAACAUUGUCCCUUGGGUUUGAACCAUUGCUCAAAGUUGGCUCUAUACAUACCAUUGUUCAUAAGCAA